AGAAUUUAUCGAUAACAAAAUAGAGGAAGGAAAAAUUACUGAAUACAAAUCUGAUGAAUUUAAAAAGCGCAAGAAAAUUGGUGGUGGUGCGUACAGUAUUGUUUACAAGGCAAUAAUAAUUAACGCAGAAAAUGCAGAGAAAAUGUAUGCAUUAAAAGUUAUUGAGAAUGAUGCCCAUAUUGAUAAUGAAAUUAUGAAUGAACUUGAGAAUAUGCUUUCGGUGGAUCAUCAUCAGAAUAUUAUUAAAUUUUAUGGUGUCACGAAAUUUAAAGAUCUAAUGGAUGAAGAUAUUGUUAAAUACGCACUUGUACUUGAGUAUGCAGAUAGUGGCACAUUGUGCGAUUUUUUACAAAACAAUGCGACCGAAAUUGAGUGGGAAUUGAAAUUUCAAUUUGCGAUCCAACUAGCGGAGGGUCUAAGAGAGAAACCAAUUCCUGGUACAAAUGAAAGAUAUAUUGGAAUUUAUAAAAAAUGCUGGCAAAAUAAACAAAGUGAUCGACCAACUAUUAAUGAAGUGUUAAUAGGGUUAAACGAUAUUGUCAACCCUUUUUAUAAAGAUCUUUCUUAUCAUGAUGUCUCAGUUAGUGAAAUUGAUAUAUCUGAGUUUGAAGAAUUCUUUAAGGAAUAUGUUAAUACUAUUUUCAAUGAACCUCCGAAAACUCCAUUAACUAUAGAACUUCAUGCCAAUGCACAAGAUCCUAAAACUACCUUUAUAAAUGGACUUUAUUUAAAAUUUUGUGAUAUGUUUAACAAAGGUAUGUCCGUUCCUAGGACAAUUAAAAAUUAUAUAUCUAAAAAUGGAGAAUCAGAAAGCGUCGUUUUAAAUUGGUUAUAUCUUAAAGAAGAACCAAAAUAUGUUUGUCUUCGUGGAAUAUUUUAUAUGUGGAAUAUUGGCACAGAAGAAGGAAAUAAAAUGGAUGUAUUUAGUUUAUUCCUCAAUGCUGGAAAUAGAGAUGAGGUGGUUGCACAGUAUUUUGUUGGAAGGUGUUUCGAAGUUGGUUGGAAUACCAGGAAAAAAUUGAAAAAGGCACUUGAAUGGUAUAAUAAGGCAAUUAACAAUGGAUCUACAGCAGCUGAACGUGUACUUGGAGAUUAUUUUUAUAAAUGCCAAGAAUAUUCUCAAGCAUUUAAAUUGCUCAAAAGCGCGUAUGAAAAAGGAAAUAUAUUGGCAAUGCAUAAUUUAGGAUUAUGUUACAAACUUGGCCGUGGAACAGAUAUCAAUAUGAAAGAAGGAUUUGCUUUACUUAAACAAGCUGCAGAAAUGGGUGUGCCUAAUUCACCAUAUGAACUUGCUCGAUGUUAUGAGUAUGCGGAGGGCACUGAAAAAGACCUGAAAGUUGCUUUCGAUUGGUAUCAAACUUCUUUGAACAACGGGCAAAAAUGUCACGACGACCGAGAGCGUGUCAUGGUUAAAAUCAUGAAAGAGCAAACUAAGUCUAAUGUUACAAAAUGA